AGGGGAAGAAGUUGGUGUUUCGCCAGGCCCUGGUACUGAGGAUGCGGUGCGGGUGACCCCUGGCCUCUUCCUACCCACCCCUCCGCCCGCCUGUUCGCCCGCUCCUCUGGCAGGAUGAGGCGUGCAGGCCUGGGUGAAGGAGUAUCUCCGGGCAACUAUGGGAACUAUGGCUAUGCUAAUAGUGGGCAUAGGGCCUGUGAAGAAGAAAAUGAGAGACUCACGGAAAGUCCGAGAAACAAAGUAACUGCUAUAAAAUCUCUUUCCAUUGAAAUAGGCCAUGAAGUUAAACAUCAAAAUAAAUUAUUAGCUGAAAUGGAUUCACAGUUUGAUUUUACAACUGGAUUUCUAGGUAAAACCAUGGGGAAACUGAAGAUUUUAUCCAGAGGGAGCCAAACAAAGCUGCUGUGCUAUAUGAUGCUGUUUUCAUUGUCAUUUUUGUCAUUUAUUGGAUUAUUAAACUGAGGU